AUGAGGACGCCGGUGGUGAUGAUUCUGGGCAUGGUGCUCGCACCCUGCGGGCUGCUACUCACCUUGACUGGCACGCUGACGCCCGGCUGGAGACUGGUGAAGGGCUUCCUCGACCAGCCGGUGGACGUGGUGCUGUACCAGGGCCUGUGGGACAUGUGCCGCGAGCAGAGCAGCAGCGAGCGCCAGUGCGGUCAGCCAGACGACUUGGGCUACUUUGCCGCCGAUCCCGUGCGGGUGGCACGGGGACUCAUGAUCACGUCGCUGGCCGCCACGGCCCUGGGGCUACUGCUGGCGACGCUCGGCGUGCGCUGCUGGCAGGACGAGCCCCACUUCGCGCUGGCCGGCCUCUCCGGCGUCGUGCUCUUCGCCGCGGGCCUCUUGAGCCUCAUCCCAGUCUCCUGGUAUAACCACUUCUUGGCGGAUCGCGCCGUCCUGCCCGCCCAGUCCAGCCCGGUCACCGUGCAGGUCGGCUACAGCCUGGUGCUGGGCUACCUGGGCAGCUGCCUGUUGCUGCUGGGCGGCUUCUCGCUGGCGCUCAGCUUCGCGCCUUGGUGCGCCGAGCGUUGUCGCAGCUGCCGCAAGGCGCCCCCAGGCAGGGCGCGCCGCAGCAGCAUCAGCACCGUGUACGUCGACUGGCCGGAGCCCGCGCUCACGCCGGCCAUCAAGUACUACAGCGACGGCCAGCACCGGCCGCGGCCCGUCCAGCUCGGCGCCGCCAGCCAGCGCAAGGCCGGCUUCCCGAUGCCCCGGCCGCCGCCCAAGGCCUACAGCAACCCGGUGGAAGUGCUCGAUGGGGAGAAGGCUCCCGACUCCCACCACGGCGGGUCCUCCCGCAGCACCCGGUCAUGCGGCAGCGCGCUGCCCUGCGACUCCGACCUGUAG